UUCUAGGUGGAGGACUCUUUACUACUAUAGGAGGAACUGCCUGAGGAGCCUGAAUUACACUCACCUCAAACACAGAGAGAACAUUUUCUGUUGUGCUGCUGCUCUGUGGGUGAAGAUCUACUCAGGCCAGAGGCUGACUGUCUGACUGUACUAAAGGGACUUGCAAGCUCCUGAAAAAGUGAUCCAGUGACCGGUUUUUAAAAAACACUUUCCAGGAAGCAAGACAUCCCCAUUCCUCUUCACCACCAAGACAUGGUCCUCUGGAUUAUCCUCCCUGUCUCCCUGUCGCUGCUGUCACUCGUUGGAACAUGGAGCGUGUAUGGCCUUGCUUUCUACAACAACCAUGUGUGCUCCCUCAGCAGCUGGGAUGGCGAGAGCGCCUGCAGAGGCAAUGAAACCACUGAAUGUUGCUGGGCCCCCACCAUAAGCUCAAGUGGAUCCAGUUCACCAGAAAAUUCCCUUUUUACCGCCACGAUCAGCGCUGGCUCCUUUCUGUUUCUGGUGUUCAGUUUUCUCCACCAUGCCCACAUCCUGGAGAGAAAUGCCACCCACUCCAUGCUGAGCAGGUUUGCUCUGGUGUUUGGUGUAGUGGCAGCCAUGGGGGCAUUCGCAGCCGGAAACUGCAACCCUCGCUACCUGUCACUGCUGCACUACCUGGGAGCUGCCAUUAGCUUCAUGUGCAUCUGUUUCUACACCACCCUGCUCACCGCACUGACCGGGAAGUGUGUGCUCACAGGAUUUGAGAAGUUUCUCUACCCACUGCGCAUAAUCUCCACUGUAGUCCAAGCCAUUGUGACCAUCUGCUACACUAUUUUGUUUGCGCAGGAGGAGUACUGGUACAUCCACCUGUCUGCUGUGUUUGAGUGGACCCUCAGUGUCAAUCUGGAGCUGUUUGAGCUCAGCUACGCCGUGGAGUUUUUUUUCUUCUCAUCCGCCAUGAUUUCAAAUCUGUUGAGCAAGCAAGAGGAGGAGAAGCCUUUGAUGUUGAAGAUGACCUGAUAUGAAGCUGCCUGGGUCAAAUGAGUCAAAUAGAACAGAUGGACUUAAUACAGCAUCUGAAAAGCAAAUGGCUGGACCAAUAUUACUAUUUUUCAAGAGACUCUCUGCCUGGAUCCCUGAUUCCUACUGAUAGAUUAUAUGCCACCUCUUUUUUUUUUUUGUUUGUUUGUUUUUUUUUUGUAACACAUUUUCUUUUCUGGGCUUUUUCUGACUUUGAGACUUACCAGCUUGGUUCUUGUGACAGAAACCAGUUCCUGAGCUCCAAUUUAUCAUAGCAGCACAUACUGUACCCGACAGCCUAGCUUGCUGUUUUGUUAUCUCAGAUAUUUUCAUACAUUUAUUACGUCAAUUAUGAGUCACUGUUAGCACAUUACAAUACAACAGAGGAGACGGUAUGUCAGUGAUGUACAAUACUGAACGCCUCACAGAACAAAUAUGGCAUAACAAUGUAUCAUGUAUCCAUUUAGUUUUUUGUUUAACAAUUUUUUUCUAUUGUAUACCUUUGUUAUUUAUGAUACUCCGGGUUUUUGUGCAAUAUAUUGGAUGUUACCAUAAUUUACCAUCAAAUAAUAGCAAUGAAGGCAAAAAAAAUUGGUACCACUUUACAAUAAGACUACCCUUAAAGGGUUUAUGAAUGGUUUAUAAUAGGCUAUUAGAUUGUAAACACUUUAUACAUCAUUAAUAAACAGUAAACAAGCUGUAACAGUUUUCAUACAUUGAUGCAUGUGCACUAUUUGGCAAGAUCAAGUUACUGCUGCACUGCAUCUCAUCUGUUGAAUCUGAUCUUGCUAGAUGUUUAGCUUUCUUUACUUUGAUCUUGCCAAAUAGUGAGCCUGCAUCAAUGUAUGAAAACUGUGUUCUAACUUGCUUACUACUGAUUUACAACCUAAUUAAUAACCUAACUAUAAACCAUUCAAAAACCCUUUGAAAGGGUAGCCUUAUUUUUAAGUGGUACCAAAAGAUCAUAUACCGUCACUGAUUGACUUGUUUGAUUGCACUUAGAUAUUUAUCAAUUUAAUAA